AUGGCCAUGAAGACGGUAGCCACCCAGCUGCGCGCAAAACUAAGACUGCCGGCCUUCGGCGCACCCUUAUUUAUUGUUAGCAACCCCGACCUAUGCGUCGCCCAAUGCAAGAGCGGCGUCGUCGGCUCGUUCCCAGCCCUAAAUGCGCGGGGUUCCGACGAUGCGUUGGACAAGUGGAUCACGGACGUGAAGAGCAGACUCGAUCCCGAGCACGACGCGCCCUUCGCGGUCAAUCAAAUCGUGCACCGGUCGAACGCACGAUUAAUGCACGACAUGGAGGUCAUAGUUAAGCAUGAAGUGCCCAUCGUCAUCACGUCGUUGGGUGCGAGGCCGGAGAUUAAUGAAGCGGUGCACUCGUAUGGCGGUUUAGUUUUUCACGACGUCAUCAACAACAAGUUCGCGCGGAAAGCAGUCGAGAAGGGUGCUGACGGCUUAGUCUUGGUGGCCUGGGGCGCGGGCGGCCACGCGGGGACGCUGUCGCCCUUUGCGCUCGUCCAGGAGGUGCGCGAGUGGUGGGACGGCCCCAUCGCAUUGUCGGGCGCCAUCGGCAGCGGCCACGGCGUCGCGGCGGCCGUCGCGGCCGGCGCCGACUUCGCCUACGUCGGGAGUCCCUUCAUCGCGACGCACGAGGCGAACGCGUCCGAGGCUUAUAAGAAUGCGAUCGUCGAGGGCAGCGCCGAGGACAUCGUCUACUCGAACUUGUUUACCGGAGUGCACGGCAACUACCUCAAGGCGUCCGUGCGGGCCGCGGGCCUCGACCCGGACGCUUUGCCCGAGUCCGACCCGUCGGCCAUGGACUUCUCGGGCUCCAAAGCGUGGAAGGACAUCUGGGGCUGCGGCCAGGGCAUCGACGGCGUCAGGGACGUCGUGAGUACGGCGGCGCUCGUCGACCGCUACCACGAGGAGUUCGAGGACGCGUGCGCGCGCGUCGCGGCGUACGGCGCCGUCUACGAGGGGAAGUAGGAUGUUGUAAUCAAGUUACUAUGAUGACGCGUCGACGGCGUUUUGGGGCGGCGUUUCGCGGGCGCGGAGCACUUUUCGCGCGUCUCGCAGGGACUCCUCAAUCCCCACUACGUCCGGAUGCGCGCCACCGAGCACGCGCCGCGCGGUCCGUGCCAUCUCCUCGAGCUUCGACAUGGCUUCGCGGAGAUCAUUGAGCGAGGUGGCAGGGUCCCUGUAGAGCGCCCGCGCGUAGACCCACCGCAUCAUGAGCAAGAGAUGAUUGUCCUCAUCUAGAACACGGCGUGCCACGGGAAUUAUUUUGCGCAUCAACGAUUUGGUUUCUGCAAAGCGGUCUGCGAUUAGAAGGGCAACCGCGUAAUUGUUGCCUUCUCGGAGGGUCUCUUUAUGUUGUUUGCCAAGGAGCUUCAGACAGCCAACAUAUACGUCUCGAUUCAAGAUCAGGGCAUCUUCAUGCCGUCCGAGCUGUUUGUACGUGAGCGCAAGAUUGCCCUUUGUGAAGGCGCAGACACAUGGACAACCGCCGACGGUGCUCCGGCCCCUCGCGCCUCCCGGCGCGCCGUCGGAGCGGAGGCGCAAUCGGAACCCGCGCCGCGACGUUCCGGUUCCCGAGAAUGUCGAGACGGUGCCCAUGUGCUUCAAGCGAGCAGCCGCGUCUCAAACCCAUGGAACGGGGACCACACUCACCCGUCGACGCCCCCGCAGGUGCGGCUGGCGCAACUGUAGGAGGGUGCACCCGCGGCGCUGCACCGGGGCCAACGGGCCUUGCACGAUCUGCGGCACGACGAGCCACGCGACGAAGUACCACAUCGAGUUCGAGCGGUACAUCGCCGCGCGCAAGCCCCGACCGCCGACCGAGCCCGAGGGCGAGGACAUCGAGGCCAUGAUGCGCGGCGUCGGACUUUCCGAUCCGCCGCAGCCGGAGGGCGACAUCCCGCCGCCGGGACCGGCCUCGUCGGGCGGACCGCCCGGGUACCUCUAG